ACCACACCAACUACUACUACCACACCAACUAAUACAACUACACUAACAACUACAACUACACCAACUUCUACCACCACACCAACUACUAAUACUACACCAACUACUACUACCACACCAACUACUACUACCACACCAACUACUACAACUACACCAACUACUAAUACCACACCAACUACUACUACACAAGCUACUACAACUACACCAACUACUUCUACCACACCAACUACUACAACUACACCAACUACUUCAACUACACCAACUACUACUACCACAACUACUACUACCACACCAACUACCACAACUACACCAACUACUACUACCACACCAACUACCACAACUACACCAACUACUACAACUACACCAUCCACUUCAACAACACAAACUACUACCACACCAACUACUACUACCACACCAACUACUACUACCACGCCAACUACUACAACUACACCAACUACCUCAACUACACUAACUACUACUACCACACCAAGUACUACAACUACACAAACUACUACUACCACACAAACUACUACAACUACACCAACUACUACUACCACACCAACUACUACUACCACACCAAGUACUACUACAACACCAUUUACUACUGCCACACCAACUACUACAAUUACACCAAGUACUACUACCACACCAACUACUACUAUUACACCAAGUACUACUACCACACCAACUACUACUACCACACCAACUACUACAACUACACCAACAACUACAACUACACCAACUACUACUACCACACCAAGUACUACAACUACACAAACUACUACUACCACACAAACUACUACAACUACACCAACUACUACAACACCAAGUACUACAACUACACCAACUACUACUACCACACCAACUACUACUACCACACCAACUACUUUAACUACACCAACUACUACUACCACACCAACUACUACAACUACACCAACUACUACUACCACACAAACUACGACAACUACACCAACUACUACAACUACACCAACUACUUCAACAACACAAACUACUACCACACCAACUACUACUACCACGCCAACUACUACAACUACACCAACAACUACAAAUACACCAACAACUACAACUACACCAACUACACCAACUACUACAACUACACCAACUACUACUUCCACACCAACUACUACAACUACACCAACUACUACUACAACACUAAGUACUACAACUACACCAACUACUACUACUACACCAACUACCACAUUUACUACUACCACACCAACUACUACUACCACACCAAGUACUACAACUACACCAGCUACUACUACCACACCAACUACUACAACUACACCAACUACUACUACCACACCAACUACCACAACUACUACUACAACACCAACUACUACUACCACACCAAGUACUACAACUACACCAGCUACUACUACCACACCAACUACUACUUCUACACCAACUACUACAACUAAACCAACUAGUACUAUCAUACCAACUACUACUACCACACCAAGUACUACAACUACACCAACUACUACUACCACACCAAGUACUACAACUACAUCAACUACUGCUUCCACACCAACUACUACUACCACAACUACUACUACCACACCAACUUUUACUACUACACCAACAACUACAACUACACCAACUACUACAACUACACCAACUACUACAACUACACCAACUACUACUACCACACCAACUACUACAACUACACCAACUACUACUACCACACCAACUACUACUACCACACCAACUUUUACUACAUCAACAACUACAACUACACCAACUACUACAACUACACCAACUACUACACCAACUACUACUACCACACCAACUACUACAACUACACCAACUACUACUACCACACCAACUACUACUACCACACCAACUACUACAACUACACCAACUACUACUACCACACCAACUACUACUACCACACCAAGUACUACAACUACACCAACUACUACUAUCACACCAACUACUACUACCACCACACCAACUACCACAACUACACCAACUAUUACUACCACACCAACAACCACAACUACACCAACUACUACAACUACACCAAGUACUUCAACAACACAAACUACUACCACACCAACUACUACUACCACGCCAUCUACUACAACUACACCAACAACUACAAAUACACCAACUACUACCACUACACCAACUACUACUACCACACCAACUACUACUACCACACCAAUUACUACUACCACACCAACUACUACAACUACACCAACUACUUCAACUACACUAAAUACUACUACCACACCAAGUAAUACACCAACUACUACUACCACACAAACUACUACAACUUCACCAACUCCUACUACCACACAAAUUACUACAACUACACCAACUACUACUACCACACCAACUACUACUACCACACCAAGUACUACUACCACACCAUUUACUACUGCCACACCAACAACUACAACUACACCAACUUCUACUACCAGACCAACUUCUACUAAUACACCAAGUACUACUACCACACCAACUACUACUACCACACCAACUAAUACAACUACACUAACAACUACAACUACACCAACUUCUACCACCACACCAACUACUAAUACUACACCAACUACUACUACCACACCAACUACUACUACCACACCAACUACUACAACUACACCAACUACUAAUACCACACCAACUACUACUACACAAGCUACUACAACUACACCAACUACUUCUACCACACCAACUACUACAACUACACCAACUACUUCAACUACACCAACUACUACUACCACAACUACUACUACCACACCAACUACCACAACUACACCAACUACUACUACCACACCAACUACCACAACUACACCAACUACUACAACUACACCAUCCACUUCAACAACACAAACUACUACCACACCAACUACUACUACCACACCAACUACUACUACCACGCCAACUACUACAACUACACCAACUACCUCAACUACACUAACUACUACUACCACACCAAGUACUACAACUACACAAACUACUACUACCACACAAACUACUACAACUACACCAACUACUACUACCACACCAACUACUACUACCACACCAAGUACUACUACAACACCAUUUACUACUGCCACACCAACUACUACAAUUACACCAAGUACUACUACCACACCAACUACUACUAUUACACCAAGUACUACUACCACACCAACUACUACUACCACACCAACUACUACAACUACACCAACAACUACAACUACACCAACUACUACUACCACACCAAGUACUACAACUACACAAACUACUACUACCACACAAACUACUACAACUACACCAACUACUACAACACCAAGUACUACAACUACACCAACUACUACUACCACACCAACUACUACUACCACACCAACUACUUUAACUACACCAACUACUACUACCACACCAACUACUACAACUACACCAACUACUACUACCACACAAACUACGACAACUACACCAACUACUACAACUACACCAACUACUUCAACAACACAAACUACUACCACACCAACUACUACUACCACGCCAACUACUACAACUACACCAACAACUACAAAUACACCAACAACUACAACUACACCAACUACACCAACUACUACAACUACACCAACUACUACUUCCACACCAACUACUACAACUACACCAACUACUACUACAACACUAAGUACUACAACUACACCAACUACUACUACUACACCAACUACCACAUUUACUACUACCACACCAACUACUACUACUACCACGUCAACUACUACAACUACACCAACAACUACAAAUACACCAACUACUACCACCACACCUACUACUACUACUACACCAUCUACUACUACCACACCAACUACUACCACACCAAGUACUACUACCACACCAACUACUACAACUACACCAACUACCACUACCACACCAACUACUACUUCUACAUCAACUACUACUACUACACCAACUACUACUACUACACCAACAACUACAACUACACCAACUACAACAACUACUACAACUACACCAAGUAGUACUACAACACCAACUACUACAACUACACCAACUACUACUACCACACCAACUACUAAUACCACACCAACUACUACAACUACUACUACCACACCAACUACCACAACUACUACUACCACACCAACUACUACUACCACACCAACUACUACUACCACACCAACUACUACCACACCAAGUACUACUACCACACCAACUACUACAACUACACCAACUAGUACUACCACACCAACUACUACUACCAAACCAAGUACUACAACUACACCAACUACUACUACCACACCAAGUACUACAACUUCAACAACUACUACUACCACACCAACUACUACUACCACACCAACUACUACAACUACACCAACAACUACAACUACACCAACUACUACUACCACACCAAGUACUACAACUACACCAACUACUACUACCACACAAACUACUACAACUACACCAACUACUACUACCACACAAACUACUACAACUACACCAACUACUACUACCACACCAAGUACUACAACUACACCAACUACUACUACCACACCAACUACUACUACCACACCAACUACUACUACCACACCAACUACUACAACUACACUAACUACUACUACCACACCAACUACUACAACUACACCAACUACUACUACCACACCAACUACGACAACUACACCAACAACUACAACUACACGAACUACUACUACCACACCAAGUACUACAACUACACCAACUACUACUACCACACAAACUACUACAACUACACCAACUACUACUACCACACAAACUACUACAACUACACAAACUACUACUACCACACCAAUUACUACAACUACACCAACUACUACUACCACACCAACUACUACUACCACACCAACUACUACAACUACACCAACUACUACUACCACACCAACUACUACAACUACACCAACUACUACUACCACACCAACUACGACAACUACACCAACUACUACAACUACACCAACUACUUCAACAACACAAACUACUACCAGACCAACUACUACUACCACGCCAACCACUACAACUACACCAAUAACUACAAAUACACCAACUUCUACCACCACACCAACUAUUACUACUACACCAACUACUACUACCUCACCAACUACUACUACCACACCAACUACUACAACUACACCAACUACUACUACUACACCAACUACUACUACUACACCAACAACUACAACUACACCAACUAUUACAACUACUACAACUACACCAACUACUACUACCACACCAACUACUACAACUACAGCAACUACUACUACCACACCAACUACUACUACCACACCAACUACUACAACUACACCAACUAUUAAUACCACACCAACUACCACAACUACUACUACCACACCAACUACUACUACCACACCAACUACUACAACUACACCAACUACUACUACCACACCAAGUACUACAACUACACCAACUACUACUACCACAGCAACUACUACUACCACACCAACAACUACAACUACACCAACUUCUACCACCACACCAACUACUACUACUACACCAACUACUACUACCAUACCAACUACUACUACCACACCAACUACUACAACUACACUAUUUACUACUACUACAACAACUACUACUACUACACCAACAACUACAACUACACCAACUACACCAACUUCUACAACUACACCAUUUACUACUACUACACCAACUACUACUACUACACCAACAACUACAACUACACCAACUACUACUACCACCCCAACUACUACUACCACACCAACUACUACUACGACACCAACUACUACAACUACACCAACUACUACAACUACACCAACUACUACAACUACACCAACUACUACUACCACACCAACUACUACAACCACACCAACUACUACUACCACACCAACUACCACAACUACUACUACCACACCAACUACUACUACGACACCAAGUACUACAACUGCACCAACUACAACUACACCAACUACUACUACCACACCAACUACUACUACCACACCAACUACUACAACUACACCAACUACUACUACCACACCAACUACCACAACUACUACUACCACACCAACUACUACUACGACACCAAGUACUACAACUACACCAGCUACUACUACCACACCAACUACUACAACUACACCAACUACUACUACCACACCAAGUACUACAACUACACCAACUACUACUACCACAGCAACUACUACUACCACACCAACAACUACAAAUACACCAACUUCUACCACCACACCAACUACUACUACUACACCAACUACUACUACCACACCAACUACUACUACCACACCAACUACUACAACUACACCAUUUACUACUACUACACCAACUACUACUACUACACCAACAACUACAACUACACCAACAACUACAACUACACCAACUACUACUACCACACCAACUACUACAACUACACAAACUACUACUACCACACCAACUACUACUACCACACCAACUACUACAACUACACCAACUACUACUACCACACCAACUACUACUACCACACCAACUACUACUACGACACCAAGUACUACAACUACACCAGCUACUACUACCACACCAAGUACUACAACUACACCAACUACUACUACCACAGCAACUACUACUACCACACCAACUACUACAACUACACCAAGUACUACUACAACACCAACUACUACAACUACACCAACUACUACUACCACACCAACUACCACAACUACUACUACCACACCAACUACUACUACCACACCAAGUACUACAACUACACCAGCUACUACUACCACACCAACUACUACUUCUACACCAACAACUACAACUACACCAACUAGUACUACCACACCAACUACUACUACCACACCAAGUACUACAACUACACCAACUACUACUACCACACCAACUACUACUACCACACCAACUACUACUACCACACCAACUACUACAACUACACUAACUACUACCACACCUACAACCACAACUACACCAACUACUACAACUACAACAACUACUUCAACAACACAAACUACUACCACACCAACUACUACUACCACGCCAACUACUACAACUACACCAACAAAUACAAAUACACCAACUACUACCACCACACCUACUACUACUACCACACCAACUACUACCACACCAAGUACAACUACCACACCAACUACUACUACCACACCAAGUACUACAACUACACCAACUACUACUACCACACCAACUACUACUUCUACACCAACUACUACUACCACACUAACUACUACUUCUACACCAACUACUACAACUACACCAACUACUACUACUACACAACCUACUACCACACCAAGUACUACUACCACACCAACUACUACUACCACACCAACUACUACAACUUUACCAACUACUACUACCACACCAAGUACUACAACUACACCAACUACUACUAGCACACCAACUACUACUACCACACCAACUACUACAACUACACCAACUACUACUACGACACCAACUACUACAACUACACCAACUACUACAACUACACCAACUACUACUACCACACCAACUACUACAACCACACCAACUACUACUACCACACCAACUACCACAACUACUACUACCACACCAACUACUACUACGACACCAAGUACUACAACUGCACCAGCUACUACUACCACACCAACUUUUACAACUACACCAACUACUACUACCACACCAAGUACUACAACUACACCAACUACUUCUACCACACCAACUACUACCACACCAAGUACUACUACCACACCAACUACUACUACCACACCAAGUACUACAACUACACCAACUACUACUACCACACCAACUACUACUUCUACACCAACUACUACAACUACACCAACUACUACUACCACACCAACUACUACUUCUACACCAACUACUACAACUACACCAACUACUACUACUACACCAACUACUACUACCACACCAACUACGAGAACUACACCAACUACUACAACUACACCAACUACUUCAACAACACAAACUACUACCACACCAACUACUACUACCACGCCAACCACUACAACUACACCAAUAACUACAAAUACACCAAUUUCUACCACCACAACUACAACUACACCAACUACUACUACCACACCAACUACUACUACCACACCAACUACUACAACUACACCAACUACUACUACCACACCAACUACCACAACUACUACUACCACACCAACUACUACUACGACACCAAGUACUACAACUACACCAGCUACUACUACCACACCAACUACUACAACUACACCAACUACUACUACCACACCAAGUACUACAACUACACCAACUACUACUACCACAGCAACUACUACUACCACACCAACAACUACAAAUACACCAACUUCUACCACCACACCAACUACUACUACUACACCAACUACUACUACCACACCAACUACUACUACCACACCAACUACUACAACUACACCAUUUACUACUACUACACCAACUACUACUACUACACCAACAACUACAACUACACCAACAACUACAACUACACCAACUACUACUACCACACCAACUACUACAACUACACAAACUACUACUACCACACCAACUACUACUACCACACCAACUACUACAACUACACCAACUACUACUACCACACCAACUACUACUACCACACCAACUACUACUACGACACCAAGUACUACAACUACACCAGCUACUACUACCACACCAAGUACUACAACUACACCAACUACUACUACCACAGCAACUACUACUACCACACCAACUACUACAACUACACCAAGUACUACUACAACACCAACUACUACAACUACACCAACUACUACUACCACACCAACUACCACAACUACUACUACCACACCAACUACUACUACCACACCAAGUACUACAACUACACCAGCUACUACUACCACACCAACUACUACUUCUACACCAACAACUACAACUACACCAACUAGUACUACCACACCAACUACUACUACCACACCAAGUACUACAACUACACCAACUACUACUACCACACCAACUACUACUACCACACCAACUACUACUACCACACCAACUACUACAACUACACUAACUACUACCACACCUACAACCACAACUACACCAACUACUACAACUACAACAACUACUUCAACAACACAAACUACUACCACACCAACUACUACUACCACGCCAACUACUACAACUACACCAACAAAUACAAAUACACCAACUACUACCACCACACCUACUACUACUACCACACCAACUACUACCACACCAAGUACAACUACCACACCAACUACUACUACCACACCAAGUACUACAACUACACCAACUACUACUACCACACCAACUACUACUUCUACACCAACUACUACUACCACACUAACUACUACUUCUACACCAACUACUACAACUACACCAACUACUACUACUACACAACCUACUACCACACCAAGUACUACUACCACACCAACUACUACUACCACACCAACUACUACAACUUUACCAACUACUACUACCACACCAAGUACUACAACUACACCAACUACUACUAGCACACCAACUACUACUACCACACCAACUACUACAACUACACCAACUACUACUACCACACCAACUACUACAACUACACCAACUACUACUUCCACACCAACUACGACAACUACUACAACUACUACAACUACACCAACUACUUCAACAACACAAACUACUACCACACCAACUACUACUACCACGCCAACUACUACAACUACACCAACAACUACAAAUACACCACCUUCUACCACCACACCAACUACUAAUACUACACCAAGUACUACUACCACACCAACUACUACUACCACACUAACUACUUCAACUACACCAACUACUACUACUACACCAACUACUACUACUACACCAACAACUACAACUACACCAACUACUACAACUACACCAACUACUACUACCACACCAACUACUACAACUACACCAACUACUACUACCACACCAACUACUACUACCACACCAACUACUACAACUUCACCAACUACUACUACCACACCAACUACCACAACUACUACUACCACACCAACUACUACUACGACACCAAGUACUACAACUACACCAGCUACUACUACCACACCAACUACUACAACUACACCAACUACUACUACCACACCAAGUACUACAACUAUACCAACUACUACUACCACAGCAACUACUACUACCACACCUACUACUACAACUUUACCAAGUACUACUACAACACCAACUACUACAACUACACCAACUAAUACUACCACACCAACUACCACAACUACUACUACCACACUAACUACUACUUCUACACCAACUACUACAACUACACAAACUAAUGGAGGUGUUGUAGAGUUGCCCUUCUUCGUCAAGUUUACUGACAACUUUAGUGAAGAUUUGUAUAACUCGACCUCCGAACUCUAUUUACAGACCAAUCAGAAUUACACUGAACAGCUACAAGCUAAAUUCAAAGAUUUGCAAAACUUCGAUAGAAUAGACAUCACACAAUUUUUGUAA